AUGGUAACGAUCGCAGAUAAUGGAGUCCCAAAGCAGGACCGAAUGACGAACCACUGGCGAUGUCUACUCAGUUGCUCGGUCGUGGCGCUCACAGCGAUGCUGUACGGUGUUGAUGUGAUUAUCAUUGACACACUGCAAGCAAUGCCUGGAUUUCUAGAGGUCUUCGGAAAUCGCGACCCUACAACUCCGAUGGGAUGGAAUAUAUCGCCUCUGCGUCAACAACUCUUUGGCACGCUGUUGGUACUUGGUAACAUUCUCUCCAGUGCACUUUCGGGACUUGUAUCCCAUUACAUUGGCAGGAGAGCAUCGAUAUGGGUCGGUUGCGUUUUCCUCAAUCUGGCGACUGCCGUCAUGAUGGUGGUUAAUACGAUUGGUGGCAUAUACGCUGCAAGAUUCCUCGUCGGUGUCGCGCAAGGGCUGUUGUACACGUUCUUUAAUCUCUAUCUUCAAGAGUGUGCACCGGCUAGGUAUCGUGGGCUGAUGUUGUCAGUAUCUGGCUGCGCUUUAAUCUUCGGCAUCCUUGUGGGAAGCAUCGUCUCCAAUUACUCCGUCAAGUUGUCCGGUCGCCCGCAAUACCAAGUUCCUCUGGGGGCAUCGCUUGUUAUCUCGGUUAUCUUCAUGUUUGGAGGCAUUUUUACAGUCCCAGAGUCACCGAGAUGGUUUUUGCUACAGAACAGGGAAGACAAGGCGAGAAAGUCACUCAGAGCCCUCAGCCCGAAGACCGAAUCGGAGGAGAACAUCAACAUUGAGCUAUCAUUUAUGAAGUCAGCCAUCGAGGAGGAGAGGCGUCUCGCCCAAGGCGUAGCAUUCAUGGACGUCUUCCGGCAUCCUGUGGAUCGAAGACGAACCCUUCUUGUCCUCGGGACGAGCAUGCUGAGCCCUAUCACUGGCACAACCUGGCACGGAACGUACGGCACAUACAUGUUCCAAAUGGCAGGCAUCAAGAACCCAUUUGAGCAAACAAUUGGCCUCGCAGCGUCCGCCUUGGGCUUCUCCAUCGUGACCGCCUGCGCAAUCACAAAGAUGGGCUACAGACGACCAUGGCUGAUCACGGGGCUGCUCAUCUGUGCCGCUUGUAACAUUGUGAUGGCAGCAACCUAUUCCGCCCGCCCGGGCAGCCGCGAGUCCGGCAUCGUCACCAUCUCUAUGUUUCAUCUGUUCAACCUGGGCUACAUAGGUAUGGUGCUCACUUUCUCGCGCCUGACCUGUGGGGAGCUGCCGUCGCAGCGCUUGCGGGCCUUGACAUUAGGUCUGGCCUUCGGCGCUGCGGCUCUUGGGGAAUGGGUCAGUAGUUUUAUUGCUCCGUACUUUCUCAACCCUGACGCUCUGGGCUGGAAUGCCAAAUUCGCAUUUCUAUGGGCUCCAGGUUGUGUCCUGGGAGCGAUCUGGGUAUACCUCUACCUUCCCGAGGUCAAAGACAGAAAGCUCGAGGAGAUCGACGAGAUGUUCGUAGCUCGACUACCUGCGAAGAAGUUCAGACAAUAUGAGUGCACAGGGAUUGGUGCGUUGGUGGCUGAGAACGAAAGCAGCCCUAGUAUUAACCAAACCGCGGACAAAAAGGAUGAAGUAACGGUCUUCGCCAGGGCGGUCAUCAAUCCCGUCUAG